AUAACAUGGCAAAGUAACACAAAAACUAUACAAACUGUCUCUAUUCUAAUCACAAUGGCUUCCAUGUCAAACCUUAUUUUUCUAUCUUCCAUUUUCCUUUUCAACAUCAUAAGCAUUCCUUUCCUCGCAAACGCUCUAUCAUCAUGCAAUGGACCGUGCAAAACUCUUGAUGAUUGUUCUGGUCAACUCAUUUGCAUCAAUGGUAAAUGCAACGAUGACCCUGACGUUGGGACCCGCAUCUGUAGCGGAACCAAUCCACCUCCAUCACCACCAAGCGGUGGUGGUGGCACCUGCCAACCCUCCGGAACACUAAAAUGUAGCGGAAAAUCAUACACUCAAUACAAGUGUUCCCCACCAGUUUCAUCAUCCACACCAGCAUCACUCACGUUGAAUGAUUUUAGCGAAGGUGGAGACGGAGGUGGUCCUUCUGAGUGCGACGGUAAAUACCAUAGCAACUCAGAGAGAGUGGUGGCGUUGUCCACUGGGUGGUACAGUGGAGGUACAAGAUGUGGAAAAUUGAUUAGAAUCACAGCAAAGAACGGGAAGAGUGUGACUGCGAAAGUGGUGGACGAGUGUGAUUCGGUGAAUGGUUGUGAUGCGGAGCAUGCGGGUCAGCCACCUUGUCGUAACAAUAUUGUGGAUGGAUCUGUGUCUGUGUGGAAUGCAUUGGGGUUGAAUACAGAUGACGGCGUAGUACCGGUCACAUGGUCUAUGGCUUGAAUGAAUGGAGCUUCAAGUAUUUGCAACAUAUAAUGAAUAAUUAAUAUAAAUAACAAUAAGCUUAAUUUGCAUAAGGUUGUAACUUGCUCGUGUUGUUUCUUCCUUUAGUUGAUCCUUUGUUUUUCUAUUAAUGUACGUAACUUGUAAUAACUGCUAUAUAGAUGAUGAGAAUGCUUAUUCAUGACAUGAGCAUUUUUAUAUCUUAUCUUUAAGUAAUAAAGCAAUCGUUUGUUU